GUGUGUGUGUGUGUGUGUGUGUAGGGGGAGAGGCGCGUCUUGCUUCUCCAGUUUCCCCGGCGGACUUUGGGAACUCCGUGCGUCAUGUGCUGUUAAUUGUGCUCUAAUGCCCCACACCAUCUGCGUGGAAAACUUAAAGGUAUGCUGUGUAUUGAGGGGUGCGAACGCGCGAACAGGCUGACACAGAUGGACACAGGCUCAACGCACUGGAGACGUGCUGUUUUGCUGAAUGGGUGACAAGCUCCCAGUCACCUCACAAACCCAGUGAAGCCAUCCCACGCAUUGUGCAGGGCAAGGCCCCCCCAGCUGAUCUGCAGGGAUGUACCAGGAGGUGGCCUUCCUGGCUGGCAGCACUGAGCACCAAUUUACCUCUUUCCGCUUCAACCGUGUGGAGAACCCACAGGAGGUCACUGCCAAGAAGGGUGUGUUCUACAAACGGGCUCAGCUGCUGCAUCAGCCUCAACCUCGGCAGCUGGAUGGAGAUGACAAGGGGGCAGCUAUUAUCAACGUGGGGGGGAUUAAGUAUCGAAUUCCCUGGUCUACGUUGGAAGAGUUCCCUCUGACCCGGUUGGGUAAGCUACGAAGCUGCAGCAAUGAGGAAGAAAUCAUGGAUGUGUGCGAUGACUAUGACGGCAGCAGGAAUGAGUAUUUCUUUGACAGAAACCCGUCGGCUUUCCGCACCAUCGUCACCUUCCUGGCUGCUGGGAAGUUGCGGCUUCUGAGGGAGAUGUGCGCCCUAUCCUUCCAGGAGGAGCUGCUCUACUGGGGCGUGGAGGAAAACAAUCUGGAAUGGUGCUGCCUCCGAAAACUCCGGCUCAGGCAGGAGGAGUACAAGGAGCAGCAGAGGUUGGAGGAUGAGGAGGCUGAGCUCAACACGCCACAGUCCGGUGAGGAGAGUCAGCAGCUGUCCGGUACAGUGACGCCAGAGGAGGGCCAGACGGGGGGCUGCAUGAGGAGACUGAGGGACAUGGUGGAAAACCCCCACUCUGGACUGCCAGGGAAGAUUUUUGCCUGUCUGUCAGUGUUAUUUGUAGCCAUCACUGCUGUGACGCUGUGUGUCAGCACCAUGCCAGACCUCAGAGAGGAGGAGGAAAGGGGCGAGUGUUCCCAGAGGUGCUAUAACAUCUUCGUGCUGGAGACGGUAUGCGUCGGCUGGUUCUCUCUGGAGUUCCUGCUGCGCUUCAUUCAGACGCAGAGCAAGUGCAUGUUCCUGCGAACACCUCUAAACGUCAUCGACGUGGUGGCCAUCCUCCCUUACUACAUCACUCUCAUUGUGGACUCUUUGUCAGUCGGAGGGAAAUCUGCGGGCUCAGGGAACAACUACUUGGAGAAGGUGGGACUAGUCUUACGCGUCCUCCGGGCUUUACGGAUCUUCUACGUGAUGAGGUUGGCCCGUCAUUCCUUAGGUUUGCAGACGCUUGGGUUGACAGUGCGGCGGUGUACGCGGGAGUUCGGACUGUUGCUGCUGUUCUUGUGCGUGGCCAUGGCGCUCUUUUCUCCACUGGUGUUCCUGGCUGAGAGCGAAAUGGGCGCCAAGCAGGAGUUCACUAGCAUCCCCGGCAGCUACUGGUGGGCAGUAAUCUCCAUGACAACGGUCGGCUAUGGAGACAUGGUACCCAGGAGCAUCCCCGGCCAGGUGGUGGCACUCAGCAGCAUCCUGAGCGGCAUCCUUCUCAUGGCGUUCCCAGUCACGUCCAUCUUUCACACCUUCUCGCGUUCGUACGUGGAGCUUAAAGAGGAGCAGAGUCGGGCGCUCAGACAGAAGCCGGACUCACAGGACAGCACCAAGUCCCAGAACAGCGAAGACUCUCAGGAGACGGACAGUUACCAUGGUAUCACAGAGGCAGCAGCUUCGUCUGUGCAGAGGAGGAAGUCGAUGGCUGCUCAGAGGGCUGCCGAGAUUAAAAUGUCCAUGCAAACUUAGGCGCUAUGUUUGUUUGCUUAAAUGGACACUUAGGAGAAAACCAGCACUGGGACUGCAAAGUUGACAAGAUGAGGAUUGUAAAUGGAGGAGAGUUGAGGUACUUGUGCACCGGAGUGUGUCUGAGGAGCAGCAGAGACCUUUUUGUCGCAAAGUUGACUUUAAAACAACAUCAUCGACUCAACAAGUGAAAGAAAAGUCACUCACAGACUACGAUUCAGACUUGAAAUAAGAUGGUGAAAGGGGAGUCUAAAACUAGAAUUACACAUUCACUACGUUUACAUGCACCAAAUAUUCCACUCUUUUACCUUAUUCAAAAAAAUUCCCACAAAGAUGUUCAUAUGGUUAAAAAAAUUCAUAUUCCACUGAUUCCACCAUUCCCAUUUUCAUGCAGCAGUUCAUUCUCAGUUUCUUGAAUUCGUAAUAAA